CACAACCCAGCGCCUGCAGCCUGCCCGCUUAAAGCCCACCACUGGUUAACCGUGCACCUCAUCUUGCUACUUAGCCCGUUACUCUACUUGAUGAAAUCACUUGUUUCGCACGACUUGUCCACUACACACCUAACAAUCCGUUCCAUCCUCUCGUCUGUCCUUUACAAAAGUCACUGUCCAGAUCUCUAUCAUCCCCUCGGUUUCUCUAGUCGAGUCAUGGAAUAAUCCCGGAAGCACGUGCUUCCUUGUUUCCCCUACAAAUGCGGUGACUAGCAAUCUCUACCAGUGUUCCCAAAGUCUCUCACUGGGCAAGGAACACUGGCAUUGUCUGAUGGAGGACCAGAUCGUCUCCGCGAUUCAAAUCGCAUACGACCCUUCCGCUGACCAGACCCUCAAACGACAGGCAUUUGACUACGUCAACCGACUGAGGCAAGAACCCUCAGCCUGGCAACCAUGCCUCAACCUUUCCCUCCAAGUCCCCCGCCAUCCUCCUGUCAUUCGGAUCUUUUCUCUAGACAUUGUCAACAAUGCCAUUCAAGCCGGCGUUGUCGAUGACCAAGGCCUCAAACUCGUGAAAGAGCAGCUCCUCGCCUACCUACAAAAGUUCUACACCGCACCGGCUCAAGAGGGCGCUCCAGACAGCGGGAACAUGAUCAACAAGUUUGCUCAGACCAUUACCUACCUCUUCUCGGCUUUCUACGCCUCUGGCUGGGAAUCCUGCUUUGAUGACCUGCUUGCCCUCACAUCCACCCAAGCCGGCUUCAGGGCAAAUUAUUCUGGUGUGGUCUUCUAUCUCAUUGUCCUCAACUCCAUCCACGACGAGAUUGGUGACCAACUUCUGUCCAGAUCUCGGGCUGAACAAGAUCGAGCAAACUCCCUCAAAGACCUCAUCAGGGCAAGAGACGUUCAGAAAAUUGCUCAAUCAUGGCAGGAGAUACUUACCCACUGGCACACCUCGAACGAUUUCAUUGCAGAACUUUGUCUCAAGGCCAUCGGCAAGUGGGUCAGCUGGGUUGACAUCUCCUUUGUGGUCAAUCAAUCGAUGCUCGAGUUAUUGUUUCAACAACUGGAACGAGCCCAAAAGGUCGAAUCCCGGGUGGGGGAGGAAGAAGCACGCGAUGCCGCUAUCGACGUCUUCACCGAAACCGUUGCAAAGAAGAUGCCUGCAGCCGAUAAAGUCGCAGUGAUUGAAUUUCUAAACCUCGAAACGGUGGUCUCUCGGCUGGUGGCUUGCCCACCACUGAGUAGUAGCAGAGCAUCUAACUACGAUGUCGACCUUGCCGAGACUGUUGCAAAACUGGUCAAUACUGUCGUCGUUGACAUUGUCAAAGUCUUGGACACUGAGGCCCAGAGCUCUGCAACCUGGGCCAAAGCCGAGCAAUUGUUGGCUGCUUUCCUCCCUCACCUUCUUCGCUUCUUUUCCGACAUCUUCGACGAGGUUUGUUCCACUGUUCUAGUCGCUAUGAAUGACGUCCUUUCGUUUUUGCGUCGCACCUCUCAAGGUGAAGCCGCUUCUGCUCAGCGCGCUGCCAUGCUGUUGCCCAUCUUGAAAGCUAUCUUUACCAAGAUGCGCUACGAUGACACUUCUGAUUGGAACCCAGAAGACGAUCAGACGGAUGAGGCUGAAUUUCAAGAACUAAGAAAGAGAUUGGCAGCAUUGCAAGCCGUAAUCGCGGCUGCUGACGAGGAGCUUUAUAUCGAAGCAAUCUCUACACUCGUGCACAAUACUUUGCAGCAACUGCAUACCAAAGACACCCAGUUAGACUGGCGAGACUUGGACUUGGCCUUGUAUGAAAUCUUCCUCAUUGGAGAUUUGGCUGUCAGGGGAGGCGGCCUGUACCAGAAGAACAAACCAAACUCUCCUGCUGCCGAAAAGCUCAUCCAAAUGAUGCUGGAGAUGGUCCAAUCGAACAUUGGUUCAUAUCAGCAUCCUGCCAUUCAGUUGCAGUACAUGGAAAUUUGUGUCCGAUACAGUAACUUCUUCGAAAGGCACACAGACUACAUUCAGCCAGUGCUUGAGAACUUUCUCCAGCUUGCUCAUCACACCAGUCUCAAAGUCAAGUCACGAGCAUGGUAUCUCACCCAGCGUUUGAUCCGACAACUACGAUCUCAUGUUGGAGGCGCCGCCGAGGCGGUGGUACAAAGUCUGCAGGACUUGCUCACCGUUCGAGCAGAGCUGCCGAGCGACUCUGACAAGGAUGACAUGUCUUCUGAUGGGGACUCCGGCAAUGACUCAACCUUCACCAGCCAACUCUAUCUGUUUGAGGCCGUCGGCUGUGUUUGUGGCUCUGUUUCGGUCCCUACAGAAAAGCAAGCCCAGUACGUGACAGCUAUCAUGCAACCGAUGUUCUCCGACAUAGAACGAAAUCUUGAAUUGGCACGGUCAGGGAACGAACUCGCCAAUCUCCAGGUCCACCAUGAGAUCAUGGCUCUUGGAACCAUAGCUCGUGGUUUCUCUGAUUUCACGCCUGGAGCAACGGGACAGAAUGCUAGUGCCGAGCCAUCUUCGCAAGCCAAACAAGCCUUUGCUCAAGUCGCCGAGGCGACACUCGUCGCUUUGACUGCCCUGAAGUCCUCCUUCCAGAUCCGAACAGCGGCUCGAUUUGCCUUUUCCAGACUGAUUGGCAUAGUUGGCACUGGAAUGAUGCAACAGCUCCCACAGUGGGUAAAUGGUCUUCUCACAGAAUCAUCCUCCCGUGACGAGAUGGCUUUGUUUUUGCGUCUACUGGAUCAGGUCAUCUUCAGCUUCAAGAAUGACAUCUCAGGCUUCCUAGACACGAUUUUUUCAAGCUUAAUAGAGCGAGUUUUUGCCGGAAUCUCCGCACCAACGUCGGGGACUGAUGACGAGAUUGAGCUCGCAGAGCUCAAAAGAGAAUAUCUCAAUUUCCUUCUCGUCAUUCUCGGGAAUGAACUUGGCUCCGUUCUUGUCAGCGGCACCAACCAACCAAUCUUCGAAUCAAUCAUUGGCUCGAUUGAGCACCUUGCACGAGAUGUCGAAGAUUUCCCAAGCGCCAAAAUGGCGCUAUUAUUACUCUCUCGGAUGUGCACGACUUGGGGAGGACCUGAUGUCAUCUCUGUGACAGGUCAAACCACGUUAGAUACGCCCACUCCCUCCCCCGCGCUUGCAGGAUUCGACGAAUUUAUGAUCACACGAUUCUCUCCACUCUGCUGGGCUCUUCCCAGUAACCCAUCAUUCAAUAGCAAAGAUGCGCAAGCACGACAAGCCCUCGCCGAGGCUGCUGGUUUGCAGAAGACAAUCUACACAAAAACGGGACAGCAAUAUUUGACCUGGUUGCAGAACAAUGAACUCAGGAACAUGGGCAUGAAUGACGCCAUGAUCAACGACUACUUACAAAAGCUAGCCACCAUGGAGAUGAAGAACUUCAAGGCGUUUUUCCCAAAGUUCAUCGCUCAAGGAGGCCAAAUGUAGCUUUAGCGGCAGCAUAGGGAGUCGAAUUAGGCACAUGGUCAAGGAUAUCAGGAUGCAUGUUGAGAGAAGUGAUCAUGUAUGUCAUUGCAACCAAGUCACAGGGAUGCAAAUAUAUAGACCAUAUGUCAAUGAAGUUGUGAGAGCAUGGGGUUUUGACUCCGUAUACUACUAA